ACGAAUCAAAGCUUCGCGUCUCGUUCCUUCGCGGUUCCCCGCUCUUUCGAUCGUGGCAUUGGUAGAGUAGGGACGACACUUCGCCUGUUUGCCAAGGCACAUUCCUCAGCCCGCAUGAAUCCCGCACCCGCACUCUGCUUGGUGUUCGUAGAUUCCCAAUUGAUGUAGUCUGGGGGUUGACGGGUUUUGUCAUUUCGGACGAGUCCGCUCUGCCCGCGUUUCAGUUUCUGGAUACUCUGAGGUCUCUGGGCGUGAGUCGGUUUUGUCCUCGUACAGCUAUUGGAGUCUAAUCAGAACACAACAGCCACCAGAUCUAUUGUACUGAUCUUCGGAGGUUUUUUUUCGUGGGGAAAGCUCGAAAGGAGAAAUGGGAGGGGGUAGCCAGGAGAAGCUCUUGGACCAGAUCUUUCAGUUGAAGUACACGGCAAAGAGCUUGGUACGGCAGGCGAAGAAAUGUGAGAAAGAAGAAAAAGCCGAGAAGCUGAAGGUGAAGAAAGCAAUCGAGAAAGGGAAUAUGGAUGGCGCUCGUAUCUACGCUCAAAAUGCGAUUCGAAAGCACAAUGAACAACUGAAUUAUCUGCGACUGUCGUCUCGACUGGACGCGGUUGUGGCUCGGCUUGGAACGCAGAGUAAAAUGCAAACGAUCAGCAAGUCGAUGGGAAGUAUUGUGAAAGCUUUGGAUAGCGCACUGGCAGUUGGCAAUAUGCAGAAGAUUUCUCAGACCAUGGACCAAUUUGAGAAGACCUUCGUGAACAUGGAGGUCCAGUCAGAGUUUGUGGAGACCGCUAUGGCUGGAAGUACCAGUCUCUCGACGCCUGAGGACGAGGUCAAUUCUCUCAUGACGCAGGUCGCCGAUGAUUAUGGACUGGAGGUUUCUGUUGGUCUACCACAGGCAGCUUCGCACUCCGUCCCUUUCAAGGACACAGCUUCGGUUGCUUCAGAGGAUGAUUUGAGUCGCAGAUUGGCUGAGCUAAAGAGCAGGGGCUGAGGAAACUCGAAGAUGCUUUAGGAACUGUCCUCUUUGCAGAAACCUCCACGUGAAACUUUCUAUCAUCCAAAUAUACCCUCCUUAUCCUGGUAUAGGUGAGCCAACUUGGUCAAGGUUAUUACGUCCAUAGUUACUGGCCUAGCCUCUGGGUGCAAUCAUAAGACAGCGCGGGUUUGUGAUUCAAAUUUCUGUAUUGUCUUCGUGUACAUACUAGUGCCACAUUUUCCACGCGAAAGGAGUUCUGGUGCGACCUUUAGACGAAGCUGCCACUUUCUAGAAAAUCCUUGGGGACUCCUGCUUGCUCGAAGUAGGGCGAAUGUGUGAUCAUAAGUGUCGUGCUUCUCAUCUUGUAAUUUCUCGAUAUUGUAGAGCAGGGAUAGUCAUCACCACUCUCUGUUAGUUUAUAACGGAAAGUUAUAUAAUAGUUAAGCUUUUGGAUAAAUUGUACUCCUUUUGGUCAUUAUUUCCUAGGCCUUCCUCCUUCUAGCGGACUGUGCUGUGUAAGUAUUAUUCUGUUAAAUUGUGCUGAGGAACUCGAUUGAAAAUUGU